AUGACCCUAUCCUUCUAUCUGUUCCUGGUAUGCGCUUUGACCUGCUGGUCACAGUACGCAGCAGCUUACCACGCAACAUCAACAGACACUCUUACCGUCGGUUUUGCACUUACGGUCGACCAUGCAACUGCUACAAUUCGCCACAACAGCACGUUCUUCGAGGACCUGGCCAAAGUCGAAGCUUCGGAGGAAUACAUCAAGUUGAUGCAAAGCCCACCAUAUGCAUCGCUCGGUGACUUAUGGAACGACAUUCCUCGUCAAAGAGAACGAGAAGCACGCAAGCAGAAAGGACUUCCUGCUUCUAAUGACGUAGCUGUAAUUGCGACACUGCUUAAAGCCAUCAAAGACGCUGCUGAAGCAUCUGUGGGCGCUUCUGUUUCCGCUCUAGUGAGCUUCCCUGCUCUGCCUGGCCUAUACCAGGAGGAUAUAGUCGAUGCCGCCUAUUACAUCGGUCUUGAGAAACUAGCAAAAGGCCUCGCGCGCCAUCCUCACGAACUCAUCGCUGCAUACGCGGGUCAUGGAUACGACCUGUGUAAGAGCUACAAUCCCGUAAAACGAUGCGUGCCGGACGAUGGAGGCAGUUUCGCAACACGUACUGUGCUGCUGGCUGAAUACACGCAAACCGCACUGCUGUUGCACUUGGAGGGUCUGAAUGGAGCAGUCGAACUGUCAUGGCCGAACAUGUACCUUGAACUGCAAUUCGACCUAGGUAGCUCUCGGAUGCCGGACGAGCAGGACGUUCGCAAUAGCGUACUGAAUUUUCUGUACCAUCACUACAACGAGCGAUUAGGGAGAGGACCACCGAACAUGACCGUCAUCUUGGUGGGCGAUCCCGAGAGCGUCGGCGACGGUAAGGUGCAACGAGCAACGAAGAUUGUGCUUGAAGCACUUGGGGCGCAUGCCGAAGUUCUGGCUGAUCUCAAGGACAUAUUUGAUGACUGGCCCCGCCAAGCAAAACGAUCCAUGCGAAAGAAGCUCGGCCUUCCAGCAUCGAGCGAAGUGGGCAUCAUAGCCAAGGCCCUGAAGCCCGUCAUCGAAGUAGCCGGAACGUAUGCUGGCUCCCCACUGUCAGCCUUGAUCAGCUUUCCGGCAUUACCAGGUCUUUAUCAAGAAGACAUCGCCGACGCGGCGAGCUAUCUCGGCCUCCACGAGUUAGGUCGGUUGCUAGAGGCAUCUCAUCCGCACGAGGACGUCGCCGCAUACGCAGGAAACGGUCUAGGUCUCUGUGAAGACUACCACAACGAAGAAAAAUGCCGUGAAGAGGGGAGGAACCUCACAUCUCGCCACACGCUACUGGUCGAACACACUGAGUCCGCGCUCCUUCUACACCACGACAUCCUUCGGGAAUCGAUCGAGACAUCGUGGCUGGAUCUGGAUCUUGCAACCUCAUUCGACUUAGGUAGUGGUGGUGAGCCUGACGAACUGGACAUACAAGAUUUUGUCCUAAGUUUCUUGUAUCACCAGUAUUACUACCCGACGCCUCAUCCUCCCGACUCAAUUACUGUGAUGAUGACUGGUAGUUUCGAAAGUCUCAACGACGGGAAAGCUUGGAGGGUGACAAAGCGCGUUAUCGAGGCGCUCGGCGCGAAAGCCGAGAUGUUAGAAGAGAACCCUAACUUCAUAGCUGCGAGAGGUGCAGCGGAGCUGGCAUGGCGAGCGUUGAAAUUGAAUGAAGGGGGACGAUCGUGA